AUGUAUCACGGUAUUCCGGUGGACGAGGACGGGCAUUUCAGCGCCAGUGCGAGGCCGUGCAAUUUCGACGACAGCAGGUUCGAAAGCGGGGGAGAUAGUAGCAGGGGCAGCAGUAGGAGUGACGGUAGGAGUGGCAGCACCGACGGUCGCAGCAACCGCAUCAGGCGCCCCGGCAGAAGUAGUUUACAGUGGGUCAACAAGGACGGCGCGGUCAAAAGGCGGUUCACGCGGCAGAGGACGGUAUUCGGGUUGAGCCGUAAGGCGGUGGCGGACUGGAUGGACCGGGUGGCGGCGUUCAAGGAGAAGCAUUUGGUGUUGAUGCACAUCACGGGCAGGCAGCCGACAAGAGGGCCGGAGAUACUGAGCAUCAGGCACAGCAACACGGCCGAGGUCGGGCACCGGCACAUUUUCAUCGAGGACGGCAUGGUCGUGUUCGUGAUGCGGUAUCACAAGGGGUAUGCGUUGCAGGGAGACGUCAAGAGUAUUCAUCGAUACUUGCUGCGGGAGAGGAUAGAGGUGUUGGUGCGGAGCAGGCAGCAGGGGCAGGAGGGGCAACAGCAGCAACAGUCGCCGCCGUCAUCCGCGCAUUUGUGGGCGCCCGAGCCCGGGGGCAAGAAGUGGACGACGGAGCGCAUGAGGCAGCGGGAGACGGCGGCGGGGCUGGGGCACGAGAUUACCGUGCAGGCGUACCGCGACAUCGCGAUAGCGAUCAGCAGGCAGUGGAUUCGUGGGCCGACUGCGUUCAGGCAGGAUGACGGAGAGGCGGACGACGGUGAGCAGCUGCAGGAUGAGGACGGCGCGGCGAUCGCGGAUGCCAAGAAGCGGAGACGGUGCCCGUUCGAGGACGAGGCAGAAGAGGAGCGGCUAGACCGCUGGAUCCGGCUGAACAAGAUGAACGGCGAGGAACGGCUGAAGCAGCUCGUGGGCAAGGAGGCGAUUUUCCGCAGCGUGCAGGAGCCGGCGUUGGAUGCGAUCAAGGCCGGGCACAGCCCCGUGGUGGCGGUGAUGCCGACGGGGGCAGGCAAAAGCGUGCUGUUCACGCUGCCGGCAUGGGCAGAGCCGGGUGGGACGACGAUGGUGGUGGUGCCGCUGAAGUCGCUGUGGAAGGACAUGAAGCGAUGGUGCGACGAGGCGGGAGUACGGUGCGCGGUAUGGGACGGCAGGCGGCAGCCGGAUGUGGAGUCGAUCGUGCUAGUAACACCGGAGGCGGCGGUGGGCGAGGAGUUUAGAACGUUUUUGAGGCGGAUCAGGCGGACGAUGCAGUUGGACCGUAUCGUGGUGGACGAGUGUCACGUCGUGUUGAACGAUCGGGUAGAUUUCCGGAAGCAUUUGCAACAGUUGGGUAAGUUGGUGGGGGUGGAGACGCAGAUGGUGUUGUUGACAGCAACGAUGCCGCCGGCGGAAGAAGGCAGAUUUAACAAGAAGAUGGGAUGGAUGGCGGAAGAGGUGAAGUUGUUUAGGAGAUCGACGGCGCGGAAGAACGUGCGGUAUGGGGUAGUUGGAAGGAAGGGGAGUAGUAGGAGGGAGCAGAAGGAUAUGGUGGCGGAGUUCGUGGAGCGGGAGUUGACGGUAUCGGUGGAGGGCAAGGUGGUUAUUUACUGCAAGACGAGGGCAGAAGUCAGCCGGCUGGUGAGGGCGGGCCGGUUCGUGUGCGAGGAGUUCCGGGCGGACAUGAGCGAGCAGCGAAAGGACGAGGUGUUGGAAGAUUUCCGGCGAGCAAGCAGUACCGGCGCAUAA